UCAGGUAAAUCUUCCUUCGACAACACAAAGCCUUCAAACACGGAAGUGAGUUCUGUGUGCGCGCGGAGCUCAGAAACAUUUCCUUCAUUAAAACUGUGUGUUGGAUUAAAGACGAUGAUCCGCUGGUCUCUGCUGCUGCUCCUGGUAUGUCCCGGUCUGUCCCUGGACUGUGAGUGGGACCUGGCCCCUGAUCCCGGACAAUCUCCGGAGCUGGACUCGACCGUGCCCCCGGUAACGAUGGCCGUGGACCGGCAGAACUGCCUGGAGACGUGCUGUGAGGACCCAGACUGUGACCUGGCCCUGGUCGGGGUCCGGGAGCAGCAGUGCGGGAUGGUGAAGUGCUCCAUCCAGGACCAGGACGUGUGCGUGUUCCCCCCCAGCUCCGGACUCAAGGUGUACCGCAAGAGGGUGAAAAACGAGGAUGACACUGAAGACCAGGAGGGCGGGGAGGAGCCGCGGGUCGACCCGCCGGAGCUCCGGACUCCCAGGAACAACCAGACCAACAACGUCCGCUGUCGUCUCCCGAUGAAGGUCGGGCGCUGUCGAGCAGCUUUUCCUAAGUUUUACUACGAUGUGACCAAUGGGAGCUGCCGUAGCUUCACGUACGGUGGCUGUGACGCCAACGGCAACAACUUUGAUACCCGGGAGCAGUGUGAGGCGGCGUGCAGCGGCGUCACAGGAUCAGUCCUUCCUGAUGAGUCGACCGCUGCUCCUGAACUUCCUGCCAAAGCUUCUCGACUGGGUCUCGCCCUCCAUACAGAGGUGUCUCAGGAGGGUGAGGGUCCUAAACCUGCAGCUACAGAGUCAGUCCCCACUCAGGAGACAGAAAUGUCUGCUACUGACUUCGCAGAGCGCUGUGAGGCAGAGCCUGAGGUGGGUCCCUGCAGAGCUGCGUUUCAACACUGGUACUACAACCGUAAGACAGGAAGCUGCCAACCAUUCAUCUACGGAGGCUGCAGAGGAAACAAGAACAACUACAUCACCAAGGAGAGCUGCAUGACUACCUGCACAGUCACAGUUCUUCCGUCCUCUAAGAAGGUUGCUGCUGAUGAUGACGAUGAAGUUUCUACAGAAUACAAAGAUGCCUGUACGGUGACCUCUGACCCCGGUCCCUGUCGAGCUGCCUUCCCCAUGUUCUACUUCGACUCACAGACCUCCACCUGUCAGUCAUUCAUAUACGGAGGUUGUCGUGGCAACAAGAACCGUUACGGCACCAUGGAGGAAUGUAUGAGCCGCUGCAGCAGAGAUGGUUCGUUUGACACUCAUGGAAAAGUUCGUGAUCGUUGGACUCCAGCCGUCUUCCUCUUCGUCACUCUGGCGUCCAUCUCCGCUCUGCUGCUGGUGACCCUCGUGGUCAUCACGCUGAGACGUCGCAGUCUGUCUCGCCGUCCGUCUUCCGUCAGUGAUAAGGAGGAACUGCUUCCACAACCAGACGAGCAGUCGUCUCUGGAGUCUCUGACCGUCCCAGAGACUCCCAAACCGGACAAGGCCUGAGGAGAGGCCCUGCAGGGGCCCUGGGGCCCCACGAGGGGGGUUCCAGAACAUAGCCUGAGGCCCUGGUCUGAUCCUGCUGUAAUUCUCUUUAAUAUUAAUAUUAAUAACACAGAGCUGUCGCUGUGGUUUUGGGUUUAACUUUCCUCCUGUAGCUCAGCUGAUGAUGAUGAUGAUGAUAAUGGUGAUGAUUCAGUCUGACUUUAAUUAAACUGUCAUUAAUAAGUCAGACCUGUGAUUAUUAUUUUACUGUUCACUUCCUGUCUUUAAUCUGUAACUAAAGAGAUUUGUGUGUUUUUCUUAGUUCUUUUUAUAUCAGCAAUAUAAAGGUGUCACUUUGACCUCAGGUGACCUCUG